AUGCCCCCAGACGACCCGGACUCACGCAAAAGUGAAGGGCCUUUUGAAGUGCCGCUUGAAUUGGUCGUCAUCGAUCCAUCCCAGGAUCGCCUCUUGUGGAACAACCCGAGCACUGCGCAGCCUGUCGUGAAAAUUGCGAACCAGGACGCCAUGAACGACUCCUUCAUGGGCGCUAACGACGAAACUGACUCGGACGUCGACGGCUACGAUGGCGAGCCGAAUGCGUACGUGGUGGAUCUCCUGUCGGCACUGCGCGGGUAUCAGUCGAAUCAGUCAGAGCCAUUUGGGCACCUUGUCGCCGCGGCGCUGGCGUCGCGGUCGAAGGAGAUGCCGGUGCGUGGCUUCGAGAUUGCCGCUGCGGAGCACAACCUGUACCUUGUGCGAAUGAUUCUCGACUCUGGCACGCUGGACGAAACGGAUGUGGAGGCGCAGCGCAAUGUGCAGGAGACCAUGGAUGAACUAUUUUCUAUCAACCAAGGGGAGCUGAGCCCCGCCAUCUACGAGUACCUCACCUCCUUUUUUCGCAUGCCUUUUGUGCGGCUCUCGCACAAGCAGUACACCCUGCUCAAGCGUAGCGGCUUCGAGUACAUCAAGCUCAUGUACGAUCACCAGCACGUCCUGCCUGACGAGCCCCUGCACUCCAUUCUGAUAAACCAGUCCCGCGCGAUGCAGAUCAUCAACCUGAUUUUUAUGAUUGUGCAGCUGUGCGCGAUUGUUUUCUCCACCGUGGCGAUCGCGCUGGUGCUGGUGAACUGGAUUUUGGCGAACAACGGCAGUCUCCAGAGCUACGGCUUCUACACACUAAUUGUCUUUGGGGCAGGCUGGGCUCUGAAUCUGAUCUGCAUCAUCUGCACGGUGCGGACCCGGCAGGACGAGUCGCAGUACGAGCCCAGGAAUGAAGACGGGGAGUACUUGUUGGUGCCGUCACCUUAUGUUGCGGUGGUGCCAGUGCUGCCGCUUUUCGACAUCUUCUGCCUCAUCGCCUACUUCCGUGCGCUGCGGCAGAAGCGCAUGAUUCUGGCCCAUAACAUCGUCGCCUGCAGCCGCGUCUCUAGCAUUUUCUACGCAAUAAUAUUUGCCUUUCCGCAGCUCAUCACGCAGGCGUACUUCAACAACAUUGAAGUCAGCAUCGACCCUAUGUGGCGGCAUCGCUGGCCUUAUAUUGUGCUCCUCGUGGCCGCGACCGCGCAGUGGUGCGUGGCGCUGUUCGGCUACGCCUGGUUUCUUUUAACGCACGAUUCAAUCGACGGGUUUGGCUUUGCCUGCUUCGACAUCGGCAAGGAACCCCACCCACUGGAGCGACAUAGCGCGGUAGCGCACGUGCUACACUACGUCAUGGCAUCACUGCUGGAGACGAACAUUUUCCUCCUCGCCACGGCCGCAAUCCAUCUGCCGAUGAGGAUAUGCAACUCGUACAACAUUGCCAUCGUCGUUCUUUCCAGCAUCACGAUCGUGUACAUCCUCGUCGUGUACAUCUUCAUAAUAUUGAAGGAGGCGUCAACGGUGCGCAUUAGCUUCUCCUGUGUUCCGCUGUUGAUCAUUCAGUUAGUUCUGCUCAUCUUCUCGGAGAGGAUCGACAUGGCGGAGUGUGCCUCCUUACGGAACCUUUACUUUCGCCAAACCUUCAUAUUUGGCUACCUUAGUUGGGGCGCCUACUUUCUGCUGUUCCUUCUGUGGCUGAUCCUCAUGAUUCAGUGGUGCGUGCUGUGGACAACUGAGGUGAACUUCUCUCCGCGUCUGCUGUGGCCGCUGGUGAGGAAAGACACGCGAUUCGCAAUACCGAACAAGAAGGACACAUACGAUUCGACCUCUCCUACCAACUCUUCGAACCUGACGCGGCCGGGGGGCGACGGUGGAGGAGCGGCUUUUGCACCCUCGUAG